GUAACAGUCAAUUACAACGAGAUGCAAGGUCGUGCUUGUCUUCACCGCGUCGUUUAAUAAUCAGCUGAUCUAAGAACGUACUUUUGUUUUGAAGUAUUGCAAUACAGUUGAUUGCGUUAUUAGUUUAUUCCGUAAGUUAACUGCAUAUUCGACUUCAAAAGUUAUUCUUCAGUCGACGUGACUUCGGGAGAUAGAAAAGUUGAGCGUUGGCGUGGAUGAAAAAUUUUACAAUAUAAAAAGAAUAUACAAUGAAGGAACACAAAGUAAGUGAGUCUGACUCGGAUGGAUCUGGCAGCAGCUCUUCACUGCUUGAUGCCUCCCCAUCCCCACAUGAUGGUAAUACCACCAAGGACAAGAUUUCUUCCGAUGAGGAGGAAAAUGAGUCCCCCAACACAUCCCGCACCACCAGGUCAUCAAACACAACCAAUGAGUCACACAAAACCAAAGAUUCUGAUGAUGAGGAGGAUGAUGAAGAAAACAAAACUUCAUCUGACAGAAAUGCUAAUGCCAGCAGAUCUGAGAGAGGCAGCAGUGUUUCUGGAAGUGAUUCUAAUGGCAGCAACAAUGGGUCUGAUUCUGAUGAAAAGUCAGAUGAUGAUGAUGACGAUGAUGAUGAAGACAAAUCAGAUGCUUCAUCUGAUAGUGAAGCUGAAAACAACAAUGGAGACGAAGAUGAUGCUGAUAGUGAUGCUUCUGGACACUCUCAUAGUUCUUCAGAAAGUGACAGCCAUCGGACAACUAAGAAGAAAAACCAACCCGCUUGGGAGCACAACCCUGACAUGUAUGGCGUGAGACGCUCAGGCAGAGACAGACGCCAGCCUCCUCAACAGGCACCUGUCGCAUCUCGUGACACGGGCAGCAAAAAACCUGCGUCAUCUAAACCUCAUAAAUGGAGAAGCUCUGGGUCAUCUGGCAGUGACUCAGACGCUAGCCCAGCACCCCGACCGGCCACGUCAGGGCAGGGCAAGCGCUCAGCCAUGGAGCAGCGCCGACGAAUUGCGCGCUCAGGCGGCGCAAUAAGCUACAAGGAAGACGAGAGCAACAGCGACGACAGCUACGUCACUGAAGACGAUGAUGACGAGACCAGUAAACCCAAGCAGGCAGAGGAGGAGAAUGCACAGACCAUUGAGAAAAUUAUACACCAUAGGAUAGGCAAACGGGGAGCGGUGGGCAUGCAGACCUACAUAUACGAGGUGGAGAAGAAGGGCGACCCCAACACAGACUUCGACCCUGAAGACCCCAGCCAAGUCGAGCGUCAGUUCUUGGUGAAGUGGAAGGGCUGGGCACACAUACAUAACACAUGGGAGUCUCAAGAGUCGCUUAAAACACAGAAGUUCAAUGCUUUCCAGGUGAAAGGCUUGAAGAAACUCGACAACUUCCUCAGGAAGGAAGAGGAGCUUAUGCUCUGGAAGAAUUCUGCAACCCCGGAAGAGAUUGAGUAUCUGGAGAUUCAAUCUGAGCUCGAGCGGGAGCUCAACUUUUCACAUAUCAACGCUGACCGUAUUUUUGCCAUGGCCGAGGAGAAUGGCAAUGAAUUUUACUACGUGAAGUGGGAGGCUCUGCCGUACUCCGAGUGUACGUGGGAAGUGGCGUCAUUUAUUGAAGAGCGUUUCCCUGACAAGGUGGAAAUGUUCAAAAGAAGGGAAGAGUCGACGUGCACCCCGAGACAAUGUCCAGCCCUCAAACAUCGGCCCAAGUUCGUGACGAUCAAAGAGCAGCCUGACUUCCUGGGCGGUUCUUCUGAUAAGCAUUUGGAGUUACGGGACUAUCAAAUGCAAGGCUUGAACUGGCUGGUGCACGCCUGGUGUAAGCACAACUCCGUCAUCCUUGCUGACGAGAUGGGACUUGGUAAGACAAUUCAGGCGAUAUCGUUCCUGAGUUACUUGUUCCACACACACAGCAUGUACGGACCUUAUCUUCUUGUUCUGCCGCUGUCCACAAUCAACGCCUGGGAACGAGAGUUUGCUCUCUGGGCUCCUGACAUGAAUGUUAUAUCCUACAUUGGUGACAGAGAUUCACGUAAAAUUAUUCGCGAUUAUGAGUGGGCAUUUUCAAGCAAGCGUCUCAAGUUCAAUGUAGUGUUAACAACGUACGAAAUAUUGCUGCGUGACAAAGACGAGCUCAAGGAGUGCAUGUGGUCCGUCAUGGCUAUCGAUGAAGCUCACAGAUUAAAGAACGAAGAGUCACAACUUUACAUGGCAUUAAAAGAAUUUAAAACCAACCACCGGCUCCUGAUAACUGGGACGCCGUUACAAAACUCGUUGAAGGAGCUGUGGGCUUUGCUGCACUUCAUCAUGCCAGACAAGUUUGAUAGCUGGCCUGACUUUGAGGCCCAACACGACAAGUCUAAGAUGCAGACUGGCUUCCAAAAGUUACAUCGGCAACUUGAGCCUUUUCUUUUGAGGAGAGUCAAGAAAGAUGUUGAGAAAUCGUUGCCCUCCAAAGUAGAACAAAUCCUGCGAGUGGACAUGACUAAGGAGCAAAAGCAAUACUACAAAUGGAUCCUUACCAAAAACUACGAGAUGCUUAGAAAAGGCACUCGAGGGUCGACUUCAAGCUUCUGCAACAUAGUCAUGGAGCUUAAGAAAUGCUGCAACCACUCCUUCCUCAUCAAAGCUCCUGAGGAAAUAGCGCACGGCACCACCGAGAUGUUGCAGCAAUUACUCCGAGGCUCUGGAAAGCUGGUGUUGUUGGAUAAGUUGCUGUUGCGUCUUCACGAGACGGGCCACCGCGUCCUGAUUUUCUCGCAAAUGAUGCGGCAGUUGGACAUUCUGAGCCAGUAUCUGCAGCUACGACGACUGUCCUUCCAGCGGCUUGACGGCUCCAUCAGAGGCGAGCUAAGGAAGCAAGCCCUCGACCACUUCAAUGCUGAAAAUUCAACGGAUUUUUGCUUCUUAUUAUCCACACGAGCUGGUGGCCUGGGCAUCAAUUUAGCCACGGCAGACACAGUCAUCAUCUUCGACUCUGACUGGAACCCUCAAAACGAUCUACAGGCCCAAGCAAGGGCCCAUAGAAUUGGACAGAAAAAUCAGGUUAACAUUUAUCGCUUGGUGACCAAGAACAGCAUAGAAGAGAACAUCAUCGAGCGAGCUAAGCAGAAGAUGGUCUUGGAUCAUCUGGUAAUACAAUCAAUGGAUACCAGCGGCAGAACUGUCUUCAAUAAAAAGUUGUCCAGCAACAACAGCAACCCUUUCAACAAGGAGGAACUGAACGCUAUUCUAAAGUUCGGAGCUGAUGAGCUUUUCAAAGAUGCGGAUGAUGAAACUGAGGAGCCUGUGUGUGACAUUGAUGAAAUACUGCGACGCGCCGAGACUCGGGAAGACGGGCCAGCGUCUGCAGGUGACGACUUGCUUUCUGCUUUCAAAGUCGCGUCCAUCAACUUGGAUGAAGAUGAAGAGCUCUCCAGGCUUGAGUCAGUGCCUGAGGAAAACACUAAAGAUUGGGAUGAAAUCAUCCCAGAAAGUCUGCGCAACGAAGUUAAGGAGGAAGCUCGCGCCAAAGAGAUGGCGGAGCUCUACCUUGCUCCGCGCAACCGUAAAACGCUGCUAAAUACCGGUACAAACGACAAGGAGCGAAAGGAAGACGAAUCGUCGUCGUCAGAAGAGUCUGGUAAGGAGGAAGAGGAAGGCUCCCCUAGAAAGCGUGGCCGCCCCAAAGGCAGUACGUCUGCAGCCAAAGAGUCUGUUAAGGGCUUCACGGAUGCUGAGGUGCGGCGGUUCUUCCGCUCAAUGAAGCGCUUCUCUAAUCCACUCCGGCGACUGGACACCAUCAGCAGGGACGCUGACCUGCGGGAUAGAACACAUGCCGACCUGAAGCGCCUUGCAGAGACUAUCAUAGAUCACUGCCACAACUUCAUGACUCAACUCGAGAAGAAUAAUUUACUCAAUCCUCAAAAUAAAGGGCCACCACGCCGAGGCAAACAUAGUGGGAAUUCUUUCAAGCUUUCUGGCGUAUCUAUCAAUGCGAAGACGACGUUAGCCACUCUUGAGGAGCUCGCCCCCCUGGAUACGGCGGUGCCCCACGCCCCGGUGCAGCGCGCCAGCUGGGUGCUGCCUUUCAAGAAAGUUAAAGACACGCACUGGGACACCACAUGGACUCUGCAGGACGAUUCCAGGUUAUUGUGUGGCAUUUACGAGUAUGGCAUGGGAUCAUGGGAACAAAUUAAAGCAGAUCCUGCUCUGAAUUUGGGUGACAAAAUAUUACUGGAUGGCGACCUAAAGCCGCAAGCAAAACAACUGGAGAGCAGAGCGCAGUAUUUGCUGAAACUCAUCAGAAAACACGGAACUACCACGCAACUAAAGCUAAAAACUAGAAGCAACAAGGUUUCCAAGAGCAGAUCGGCGUCUAAAAUCAAGGAACCAAAGGGCAUCUCAAAAGAGAUCAUUGAUGACGACAGUUCCGAUGACGACGUGAGCAAACCUGCAGCGCUGGCUGCUUCAUCUUCUGUUCCUUCGCCUGUAGCUGUGAAGCAACCUUCCUCGGAGAAAGAAACUAAGGAGCGUGACGUGAAAGACGAGAAAGAGCCAAAAGAGAAAGAAGUGAAAAGCAAACUGAAGGAACAAAAAAUAGAAAAAGAUGAGAAGGUCAAAGAGGAAAAGGAACCGAAGGUCGAAGCAGCACAUGUAAAGAAGAAGAGAAAGAAGGAUAAAGAUAAGCCCAAAGGCCCCGUUCAUAUAACCGCCAAUGGAGAACCUACUGCCAUUGUUGAUGAUAUCGAAAUGGAUGCUAAUCAUCCAUUAUGGUCAGAGUGCAAAGAGAAGAUGCGUCCCAUGAAGAAAUUCUUACAAGAACUGAGCAGCGGUGGUGGCGAUAACUGCAGUCAAGAAGAUCAAAUUGCACACACCAAACGUUGCCUUCUUAAAAUAGGCGACCACAUUUCUUAUGCUAUCAGUUCAACUAAUCCUGAACACACCGAUUCCUGGAAAGUACUCUUGUGGCGGUUUGUCUCAAAGUUCACUGAAUACGACGCCAAGAAACUCCAUAAAUUUUAUAAGAAAACCAAAAAGCAAGAACAAGCAAUCCUACAGCAAGGAGGCGGUAGUGAUCCCAAAGAAAAGAAGAAAGAAAAACACAAAGAUUCACAGGAUAAAGCUAAACACGAAAAAAACACUGACAGCAACAAACCGAAUGAUCAAAGGCCGAAUUUGAAAAGAAAACCAGAGUCUCAAAACGAAGUUCCAAAUAAGAAAACGUAUAAUGGAGACGGACGCAAUGCGGCUGGCACAAGUGAUAGAGACCGACAGAUGAGGCGCGACGAUCGACGUCAGUGGGACGCCAGAGACGGCGGCUCUGACUACAGAGAUCGACGUGACAGACGGGAUGACAGAGAUCGCAGUGCAGACAGAAGAAAUGAUGAUUAUCACAGACGGCACAGAGAUUCUUGGCGACGCGGUAGAGGAGAUGGGAGAUAUCAUGGUGGCUACCAUCGUGAUGGGUACAACAAAGAGGGGUACGGAGGAAGCUACCAUCGUGGUGGCGCAGGUGGUAGCGGAGAGUGGCGAGGAAACAGCGGCCGCCACCCGCCACAUUAUGGUGGUUACCAACCACCGCACUACCCUCCCCCGCCAGGACCAGCUAUGUAUGGAGGUCCUCCUCUCAUCCCCUCCGGUCCUCCUCACUACCAUCAAGCCUACAGAGGAGACUGGCGUGAGUCGCCACCUGCCGCUGGGGAUGUUGGUGCUGUGGGGUGGCAGGCCGCCGAACAUCAGAGCAAGAGACCAGAGGAACAUCAAAAUAAUAGAGCUGAUCCACGCAUUCAGGACGUGUGAUGCCGGAGCAACGAAGAAUAAGAUCCGGGAUACUAACUAACUAGGGAACACCUGCUGCCAAGUGCAGAAUGCCGAUUUUUAAAAGCCACAAGCCAGCCAGUUCAGGCUUUGGCGCCGUCUCAUGAGUGCCAGGAUGACACCGUCGGUGAUAUUCAAGUACUAGCGUACCGAAUUAAUAAGUUCAGAGCGCCGACUUGAAAGGUCCAGAGCACCGACUUGAAAGGUCCAGAGCACCGACUUAGAAGGUCCAUAGUACCGACUUGAAAGAAGGUUCAGGGUACCGACUGAAAGGCCCAGGGUACCGACUUAAAAGGUCCAUAGUACCGACUUGAAAGGUCUAUAGUACCGACUGGAAAGGCCGCGGUAUCGACUAGUAAAUUUCAGAGUUCCAACUAACAAGUCUGUACCUAUCGAACCAACAUUUUUACAGAACUAACAUCUUAACAAGUUCAUUUGGAACAUUGGUGCCUACAGUCCAGGAAACAUUCUUCGAUAUCCCAUGAGACCGGAGUAUGAUUUUCAGAAUUCCAGAUUCUUUAAUAUCAGUUUUUGAUGUCCUGUUAUCGCUUUUUUUGUCGGCCAACACUAUGCUAUUUAUUUUUUUCCAUCGAUUUAUAGCCGAAAAUUUACUAUUGAAGGGUAACAAGAAGUUUUUAUCUAUUUUCUGUCUGUAUUAAAGGAUAGGUUUCUGUAUUUAUUCGGAGACUACUGUAUAAUAGCCACGUGAUCCUUUGAUACUAGUGAGAGUUGUUACUGAGAACACAAAUGGAGGAAGGUUAUGGUUGUGAUAUUAACUUAGUGCUAGAUUAUGCCUAAGACCCAGACGUUUAUUAUGCUUUGUAUAACUACUCAAACUGAGAUAUUUAGGAGACUGUACAUAAAACCUCAUGCAUCGAUAUUCGUUACGUCUCUACGCAACACUCCAAACAUUUAUUGGGCUAAUAUAUAUCACCUCAAGCUGAGACAUUUAUCGAGUCCGACUUCUUAGUGCUGAUUGACCAGAAAGCAUGCCCUUAUUCAGUGAUCAGAUGCACCUGUUACGAUUUUCGUCAAGCCCUUCACACGUAUAUUGUAUUUUUACUUAUGUAUAUUGUUCGAUAAAAAUAGGAAAGUGUCAAACCAAAUUAAAUAUUAACAGCUAUGUUGAUGUCGGUCUUUCUGGGAAACCAAUUAAAGGUGUGUUCCCUAAAAUGUUAGUAUUGCAGAAAAUGUUAAAAUAUGUCGUCUCUAUUUUUCUAGUCUUACGUUAAGCUAUUAAUUAUGAAGACGAAAUUAGAACAAUUGAAUAGUCAUGAACAAUGGCUCAUUUGAUAUCUGGACCUGCGCGGAAGACGUUUAAUUACUCAUAUGAGUAUCAUCGUUCUGCACCUUAUCCGUAUCAUCAAGAGUCGUUAAUUUUUUAUAUAUUCCUCAUUCAUAUAUGAAUGUAUUGAAUAUUUCGAAAGUUCCUUUAAAAGUUUGCAAAAGAAAAAAAGAAAGUCAUUGCAAUUUACUUCCCCAACUACUGAUUACUCCACUCGAGCUAAGCGAAACUUUGUAAUGUUAGUCUAGCUUUUGCGGAUGUAAAGUUUUCGUGAAAGAUGAUGACAUUGAAUAAAGUGUCGAAGCUUAUGAGCGAUUUAUGAUCACCAUCCCGGUUUCCUUUGAUCUAAAGGAACGUGUUUCAGAGUAGUCAUUUUGCACAGCGAAACUGCAAUUAUUUUUGUCUUGCAUUGUAAUUAAGCUUUUUCUAUGCUAACGUAAUAUGUUACUAAAGUUAAGAUAAUGUUUGUACAGCUUCGAGAUUUAUGAUUUUUCUUUGUUCAUAUUGCCUGAUGUAGUGAUUUUUUUUUUCUAAAUGAAAUGGUCAUUAA